CCCUCCGGGAUGGCCGUGCGGAAGCGGAAGAGGCUGCAGGGCCGGGAAGCCUCUGGUUAGGCCCGCCGGCUCCCGGGGCCGAGCCCCCCGCCGCGAUGUCGAGCCCCCGGAGGAGCGCCGAGGGACGGCCGCUGAGCGCCUCCUCCUCCAGCAACAGCAGUAGCCCCGGCAGCCCGGCCCUUGGCGGCGGCAGGUUCGAGUUCCAGUCCUUGCUCAGCAGCCGCGCUCCGGCCACCGAGCCCACCUCCGCCCGGCUCCGCGCAUCCGAGAGCCCGGUGCACCGCCGCAGCUCCUUCCCCUUGGCCGCGGCGGGCUCCUCGCAGGCGCCCCCGCCCUCGCUGCCCGAAGAUGACCGCAUGGACCUGAACCCCUCCUUCCUGGGAAUCGCCCUGCGCUCCCUACUGGCCAUCGACCUGUGGCUGUCCAAGAAGCUGGGGGUGUGCGCCGAGGAGAGCUCCUCCUGGGGCAGCGUGCGGCCGCUUAUGAAGCUGCUGGAGAUCUCGGGGCAUGGCAUCCCCUGGCUGCUGGGCACCGUCUACUGCCUGUCCAGGAGCGACAGCCCUGCCGGGCGCGAGGUACUCAUGAACCUGCUCUUCGCACUGCUGCUGGACCUGCUGCUGGUGGGCCUCAUCAAAGGGCUGGUCCGCAGGCGGCGCCCGGCCCACAACCAGAUGGACAUGUUUGUGACCCUCUCAGUGGACAGGUACUCCUUCCCCUCGGGCCAUGCCACAAGGGCUGCCCUGGUGUCGCGCUUCAUCCUGAACCACCUGGUGCUGGCCAUUCCACUGAGGGUGCUGGUGAUCCUGUGGGCCUUCAUCUUGGGCCUCUCCAGGGUCAUGCUGGGGCGGCACAAUGUCACCGACGUGGCUUUUGGCUUUGUUCUGGGCUACAUGCAGUACAGCAUCGUGGACUACUUCUGGCUGUCACCCCACAAUGCUCCGGUCCUCUUUGUACUGUGGAAUCAACAAUGACGUCAUCUCACUGACUGGCACCAGGAGGUCUGAAGGUUUCCACAUCCGGUGAUGCCCAUCUAAACCAGCAACAUACCGUUUGUCCCUGUCUUAAGAGAUUCCAGGCUUACUUUGGGAUUUCAGGUGUCCCACGGUCUUGAUAUGUCGCUAGGCCAGAGCAUGUGCUAGUCUUUUCUGAACACAGUCAUAUUAGGGGAAGCAAAAAACAAAAACAAAACAAAAAAAACCCUACUGUAUAUUUAUUUAAUUACUGUUUAUAUCUCCAAGACAAUUGCAAACAAAUCAAGCUGGGGUGGUUAUAUUAUUGCUGUUUUUUGAAAGUUGACAUCACCAAGAUUGGUUUUGUAAUCCCAUCAGUCAACAAAUCACUUGUAAAUUGAAGUUUGAGAAACAUAUUCUUCAUUCAGUAAAUACCUAUAUACAUGCAAAUAAGCCACAUCCUAAUCCUAAUCCUCUUCAUGAGGUAAGAUUUUACACAGUAUUCUAAAAGUCUAAGGCAUAGGUUUUCCAGUUUAUUCCCUGAAGAUCUGUUGCCACAGCUGGGGAGAUUUCUUCUUAAUUCUGAUUUUCCUGGUAAGCUUCUUACUUUGUUGUCUCUUCCAUCUUUGUGGACUGGGUAAUGAGAAAAUAAAUUGUAGUACCUGUCUUUCCAUCCUCUCUCCCUACAUCUUCAAAGAUCUUGAGAUAUUUGUUUCCCACUACUCUAAUACUGUCCUUUAGUAUUCAGAGAAUAAGCCAAGAACUUUGUUGAAGAAGCAGCACUUAUAAGCUAUGCGUAUCUAAGGUGCUCACAGAAAAGUAAGGAUGCGAGUAUGGCCUCAUAGUUCUCAUGACGACUAAUAACAUGUCAAAACAGGCCACAGAAGCAAUUGCUGGGGAAAAUCAGAGGAACUGGAAGUUUGGAGGUAGACUGCCCACAUGGCAUGCUGAUGACCAGGCUGGCAGGAGAUGGGGCCCUGCUGCCUGUCAUCUCUACUAAGUAAAUAAUAAUGCUCUUCUGUCAGGAUAAUAAAAUGAGAAAGUAAGCUGAUUCUUUUUAAUGCAAGAGAAUAAGCUUAAAUAUGCCACAAGGAUGACCCUGUAUUCUAUAAUGGAAUCCAGUUUUUCUGUAUGUAGCACAUUUUAGGUAGCAGUAUUGAAUUUGCAAUUCAUCAAUUUACAAGGCACAAGGCAGAACUACUACAUUUCUCUCUACACUGACCUUUACAUUUAAAGUUGUUCAUCCAUGGUGCCUUCCCAAAUCAUAAAACCAAAGACCACCUAAUAUAUGGUGGGCUCUCAUCAUUAUUUGGCCCAGAAAGACGGGAGAGUAUGCACUUUGAAUACUGCUCUACCUGAAAGGAAAACCUCUAUACUACCCAUGAAAAUGGUGUCUUCAGAUAAUCUUAAUUACCCAUUAUUUUGGCAUGUAUAAAUAGAAAGCAUUCCAUAAACCUCUGACAGAGGUGCAGAUGAAAUCUUAAGAGAAUGGCUGUGAUGCGUGGGCUCUGGAGGAAAGCAUGAAAGCAUGGCCUUCCCAGAGGCAAGAGCACCCUGAAAGAGGGACAGCUAUUCCCAUAAAUAAAAUGAAA